AUGAUUACUGAUGAAAGUUUAAGGAAAGAUGAUGAAGAAUCGGUUAGUUCUGAUGUGAAUGUAGAAGAUGAGGAACACAUUAAUCCUCGAAAUAAUUAUUCGGAAUCAUUUCUGGAAGAUGGACAUGGAAUCGUUUUUGGAUCACAAGAACAAAAACUUAUAUAUGAUGGUUUACUAUUGAAAUAUCUAAAUGGUGAAAUUAAAUCUCUAAGUGAAGUUUGUCGACUUGUAAAGGAUCAAUUAGGACUUGAAAUUUCGGCUCCUACGCUAUCACGACGUUUGAGACAUAUUUAUGCAUACAUGAAAAGUUCCGUGGAUGGGCGUAAAGAAUAUUAUCGAUGCAACAGAUGUUUGCGAGCUAAACGGAAAAGUGGACCUGGUGCUCAAGCAUCUAUAAUAGUUUACGAUGGUGAAAUAAUUGGUGAUAAACCGCCGGAGCAUCACGUUGAUUGUGAACCAGUGCCAUAUGAAGAAAUUGCUUCAAUAACCAGCCAGCGCGAAAGUCGCGCAUACGAAAGGGAGGAAAACGAACAAGUGCGCCAAGUGUUGCGUAACAGGCAGCUACUCUUAAAGCAGACGGAACCAUUAGAACCGCCUGAACUUUCGCCGAUGGUAGAGGGUGAUGAAUUGGCAGAAUUUGAUGAAGAAUCAACUGGUGCGGGAUUUGCUGACUCUCAGAGACAAGCAGUCGAAGAUAAGGCAUUGAUUUGA